AUGGCGGCCACGAGGGGUGGCGGGGCCGCCCUCCUCCCCACGGUUUGGCACCCCGGCGGAGCUUGCCGGCUCCCGCGGCGCUGCGCUGCUGUCGGCGGCGGGGCGAGCGCAGCCUCGGUCGCGGCGCUGCUGUCGCGACGUUUGCCGCUCUGCCUUGCGGCCCCGCGCUCUCCCGUACCCCACCGUCGCGGCCGGCGGGACCCCAGGGGGUCGCGGCUCCCCGCGCCGGGGGAGCGGGGCGGGGCGGCCCGACCGGGCGGGGCGGCCCGACCGGGGGGUGCGAUCACGUGCCUCGGUCCGGCCGCCGCGGGCGGGGACGCGCAGGCGCGGUGCGCAGGGCAGGCGGAGGCGCGGCCUGGCGGUGCCCACGCCCGGCGCGCUGAGAGCGCCAAGGCGGAGGAGGGAUCCCCCGGGGCGGGCGCUGGCUUCGCGGCUCCCGGUCCCGGUCCCGGUUCGCCGGCCGGCAUGGAGCCGUCACUGCCUCCCGCCUGCUCGCGGGCCGCGCCGGGGAGCGGCCUGUUCGGGUGGCUGCGCGGGCGCUGCCUGGGCCGCAGCGCCGCCGUGGACCCGGCGCGGGACACUUUCCGCGCCAUGACUGGGCUGUACGGCUCCAUCCAGCCCGCCGACUCCAUGUACCUCAGCACCCGCACGCACGGCGCCGUCUUCAACCUCGAGUACUCGCCCGACGGAUCAGUGUUGACUGUUGCUUGUGAACAGACUGAAGUUCUGCUUUUUGACCCAAUAUCUUCAAGACACAUCCAAACUCUCUCUGAAGCUCAUGAAGACUGUGUAAAUAAUAUCAGGUUUCUAGAUAAUCGACUGUUUGCAACUUGUUCUGAUGACACUACAAUAGCACUUUGGGAUCUGAGAAAGCUGAACACAAAAGUGUGCACUUUACAUGGUCACACCAGCUGGGUUAAGAAUAUUGAGUAUGAUACUAAUACGAGAUUACUAGUAACAUCAGGGUUUGAUGGAAAUGUGAUCAUCUGGGACACAAACAGGUGCACAGAAGAUGGAUGUCCCCACAAGAAGUUUUUUCACACCCGUUUUCUUAUGAGAAUGAGGCUGACACCAGAUUGUUCCAAAAUGUUGAUCUCAACCUCCUCUGGAUAUCUUCUGAUUUUGCAUGACCUUGACCUAAACAAAUCUUUAGAGGUUGGCAGCUACCCAAUUUUAAGAGCUAGGAGGACUACAGCAAGUUCAGACAUAACGUCAUCAGGUUCGUCUGGUCCUCGAGCUGUUGGUUCACCAUGUCACCAGAAUGAUUCAGGUCCACUGUCUGAGAAACAGAUGUCACGCUCCUCCCAGCGAGAAGGUGGAUCGCCUAGAAAUAGUUUGGAGGUCUUAACACCAGAGGUUCCUGGAGAAAGAGAUCGAGGCAAUUGCAUUACAUCGCUACAGCUACAUCCAAAAGGGUGGGCUACGCUUCUUCGGUGCUCAAGUAAUACAGACGACCAGGAGUGGACUUGUGUCUAUGAAUUCCAGGAAGGAACCCCUGUGCGCCCCGUCUCACCUCGUUGUUCCCUGCGGUUGACUCAUUGCAUUGAAGAAGCCAAUGUGGGCCGGGGUUACAUCAAAGAACUUUGUUUCAGUCCUGAUGGCCGAAUGAUUUCCUCCCCGCAUGGCUUUGGGAUCCGCUUGUUGGGGUUUGAUGCACACUGCAGUGAACUUGUUGACUGUUUGCCCAAAGAAGCCAGUCCCCUGAAAGAAAUCCGUUCCCUCUACUCUCAUAAUGAUGUGGUACUGACAACCAAGUUUUCUCCAACACACUGUCAGAUUGCCUCGGGGUGCCUUAGUGGACGUGUUUCUCUGUAUCAGCCAAAGUUCUAGGCACAUCUUGCAUCAACAGGACUUUCAGAUGUCUGUGGCAUUUACUUCAGUUCAGUUGAAGUGUGUUCUUUCUGAAAUCUCUAAAUCCAGAUUAGGUCAUAGGUACUGUGAUCUCUGAACACAACAGUGGAACAAGUUUCCAGCCCAGCACUGUACACAUUGUCAUACUGCAUCCACAAGUCUGCUUCCAUGUGCUUUGUUUUCAGCCUUCCAAGCAGACCUCUGGUCCUGUGCCAUCAAGUAAUUGUUCUGGUUGGUUUGUAUCAUACUUGUUGAUAAUUUCCUUCAGUACAAUUUGGAAGUGGGCUAUUUGAAACGGCUGUAGAAAGGGCAAGGGUAUCAGUUCAGCCAAAACUCGCCCAGGCUCCACAGGUACGACACCUCCUUAUUCCAAAUGAGCCGGACUUCCUCAUGUACACUUCCUUGGCCUUUUGUGUUGCUGAAACUAGUAUAUGGUGAUUAUUAGAUAAUGAGCUCAUUUUCUACAUAACUAACAUCGUUAGUUACUGUCACAAAGAAAAGAAAUUUUUGUUUCCAUUUGUAUAUUAAUUUGGCUGUUUGUGAUUGGCUAGAAAAAUGAGCCAACUUUCUGUAAUGUUUUGCUGCAGUUAAAACAUUUGGUUUCCUGUGACUGCAUAUAUUGUGUUUAUUGCUAGAAGGAAGAGGUCUGGAUGGAGAUGUAGAUGCCUUUUUUCCUCAGAGAAUUUAGUAGGAAGAGACUGAGGCAGGAAAACAGGAGUUGAAUGGGUGAAGACCCUGCCUUGCAGCUGCUGCUGACGAACUGUUUGGAUGUUUCAUACAACAGAGGUGUCCUUGGUUGGCCUCUCUUGGGGGCUUUGACUCCUCGGCCUCCAGGGUUUCUGUUGUAGGGAGCUUUCCACAUCAGUAACAUAAACCUUCAUCCCAUGUUUGAAAUUUAACACUACAGAAUUUUCUGCUGAAGUUAAGGCUAUUUCCCACCUGACCGUUCUUCCACAUCCUUGCCUGCACCAUUGCUGUGAGAGGAAUUUGUCUAGGAUGUGUCCGUAGUAUCACCAGAUAAGCCUUUCUUCAUGUGUACUGUCAGUUUGGGAACAGAUUAAAAGCAUGCCUGUCUACAGUAAGAUCUAUUUGGAUUUAACCAAGCUUAUCCUAAGAUGUGAAAAAUGUUAAUGUUCAACAUUAAAUCACAUGUUAAGUAUGAAUGCCAAGUUUCACCUCACAAGGUAAUACAGCUAACUUUGUAACUGCA